CUCCCCAGACAGGCCGGAGGGUCGGGCAAGCCUGCCUGGGGCAGGGUCCCAGCUCUGCAGCCUCAGGACCUGAUCCGGAGAGUUGCUCUCAGGAUUGUCUCUGAUGGAAGUGACUGACAUGCAGUACCAUUUCGGAUUAGGCCCUGGCCCUGCAGGACUCUCUUUCUCGCUCUGUCCUUGACCUUGCCCCUAGGUUAGGGGGUCUGUCUGAAUCAAGGCUGGUGUAGCUUCCCCCCUCAACUCUCACAGAAGCCUAAACUGCAGCCUACCUGAGGAUCUGAGCCAUUAACUCACGUUGCUUGUAUUUAGUCUGACAAUGCAGAGUUUGAACCUGGGGUUUUGGGUGUGAGAGGUCACGCGCUGACUUGCUGCACACCUUGGCCUUUUGCAUUGCUUGGAUCUGCUGUGGCCACCUGCACUGGGGAGUCCUCCCGUGGGAGAAGGGGCACCCGUCAAACAGUGGCUUUCUGCUUCUAGGUCCAGCAACAUGUUUCAGUUACCGCUGCCUCUGGAUCGAGAUGGGAUCCUGUUUCGACUUCGCUUUACCACCCUGGCGGUUGGGACCGUGUGUUGCCCGCUGUUUGGAUUUCUUUUCUGCGUGAUCUGGUCUCUGCUGUUCCAUUUCCAGGAGACGACGGCUACACACUGUGGCGUCUCAAAUUACCUGCCCUCCGUCAGUGCAGCUAUCGGAGGUGAGACCCCUCAGCGUUACGUGUGGCGUUUGUGUAUCGGCCUCCACUCGGCACCGCGCAUCUUGGUGGCCAUCGCAUACUGGAACCACUACCAGAGUUGCCACUGCACGCACCCUCGCUACCUUCGGCUCUGCCGCUUCAACUUCGGGCUCAAUCUGCUUGAAAACAUUGCUCUCCUCCUUCUGACGUAUGUGUCCUCAUCCGAAAAUGAUGCAGUCCACGAAAACGCCUUCAUCCUCUUUAUCACUUCGGCUUUGGGUCACAUGCUCCUGACGUGCGUGCUGUGGCGAAUGACUAAGAAACACACAGUAAGUCCCGAGGAGCGCAAGUCCUACAGGUGGAAGCUGCUGCUGUUCCUCUUCAACCUCUUCACCUUCUCCCUGGCCGUGUGCGUCUACUUCCACCACAACUGGUACUGCCAGCCCGGAGCCUACACCAUCUUUGCCUUCCUGGAGUACCUGGUGGUCCUCUCCAACAUGGCCUUCCACAUGACGGCCUUCUGGGACUUCGGCAACAAGGAGCUGGUGGUCAGCUCGCUGCCGGAGGACAAGCACUUCUAGCCGACGCUUCCUGCCCGACAAUCGCUCCGGGACUCCUACUGCCGUGGUGAGCCGCGGGCGUCCGGGGAGAGCCCUGGCGUGACAGGAGAACAGGGAGGGCGUUCAGGCUACGUCUCUGGAGCCCCCGGGCAGGCUUGCAGCACCACUGCGUUUGCAAUGGCGAACGGUGCCGCCAAACAGCCGGCUGGGGCAGGGGGUUGUGCCUGCCCCGAAAGACGCUGCUCCGACCCGUCGCUGCGGCUGCGCCUCUGCAACAACCGUCGCGAGCGUGGAACAAUCGCGGCCCCAGUUGAAGGGCAGAGCUGGCGGCCGGCUGGGAGUCCUCCGUGAGCACGGUUUUCUGCCUAGCAGCUCCCGGCCUGCCCAAGGUCCCCUCUCUGGGCCGUGGCGGGGAAGAAGGCUGGAGGAAACCCCCUGCAAAGAAGGCGUCUCUGCUUGUGGGAGUCUCAAGGCCCAGGCCAGCACCUCUAGGAAGGGCCUGAGCUUGGCAUCAGCCUGGUCUCACUGCUGUCCUCGCCCACAUCCCCCUUGCUGCUCUCCUGAGCUUCCCGGCCAAGUUAUGGGCAGCCGGGGGCUGGGUCCCCCGCGCACCCUGGGUUCGCUCUGCCGGGCUGAGUGAAGCGGCUCUUGCCCCAAGUUGGAGCCCAGCUGGAUGGAGAGGAGCAGCCGGACCAUUCAGAGGGGAAUCGGCUACAGCACGGCAGCCCCUCCUCCUGGCCGCCUGCCUUGCUCUUGCUCCUGCGCCCGUGAAUCCAGCGCAGGUGGGAAGCACCGGGCACGAGCCCCAGUGCCGACUGCCCCACCACCGUGCCUCGUGGGGCCACGUCUGGCCGGCGCCCAGCAGCGAGGCGGGGGCUUAGCGAUGGCUCCUGGGGUCUGCGUGCACCGUACCAAUGCACCGCUGAAUUUUGACAGCUUCCAGCCCCGCCAGCGUGGCCUGGAGCCCUACACC